GAAACACGAGCAUUCAAGCCCAACGCACCGGCGAUGCGCGUGCCUCCACGCCAGCGUAAGCCGCCGAGCGGCGGUGAACCGUGCCGCCUAUGCUCUUUACUCCGUCGUCCUCGUCGGACGCUCCACCCUUCACACCUAGGGUCGCCGCCGCGCUCCUCGCCCGCUGCACUUCCCGCGUCGCCGCGGCAGCGCUGCACGCCCGCCUCCUCCGCUGCUCCCGCGCCUUCUUCCGCUCCCCGUACCUCUCCAACUGCCUUGGCGCUGCGUACUCCCGCCUCGGCGCCGCACCGUACGCCGUUGCGCUCCUACGCGCCGCCGCCAAGCCCAACAUUUUCUCACACAACAUCCUCCUGUCGGCUCUCGUCAGCUCCGGCCUCCUGGAGGAUGCGCGAGGACUGUUCGACGGGAUGCCCCAGAGGGAUGCGGUCACCUACAACGCCAUGCUCUCCGGCUACGUCGCCGGCGCGCUUCUGGACGAGGCGUUCCAUCUCUUCUGCUCCAUGAAUGAGCGUGACGUUAGGCCAACUCCCUUCACCUUCUCCAUAGUAUCGUCGGCAGUUGGCUCUGUUCGCCGCGGCCAACAGCUUCACGCUGCUGCUGUCCGCCACGGCCUGGCACACAGUGAUGUUGUAGUAGGCAAUGCGCUUAUUGAUAUGUAUGGCCGGGUUGGCCUCUUGGAGUAUGCAGCGCGUGUCUUCUCUUGCAUGGAACAAGUAGAUGUCACAUCCUGGAACUCUGUGAUGUCAGUUUACAAGGAUCAGGCUCUCACCAGUACUGUCUUUAAGUGUUUUGGGACCAUGAGGAGCAAAGGAUUUUCAGUUGAUGGCUUCACUGUGUCCAUCGUGCUCAGUGCUUGCUCGGAUGUGAAGGAUCUUGUCAAGGGUGACCAGAUGUUGGCACUCUGCAUUAAGAUGGGCUUCCUUACAAACUUCAUGGUUUCUAGUGCUAUUAUUGACUUCCUCUGCAUGUCUGACAGACUGUCUGAUGCGCUUCAGCUCUUCAGAGAAAUGCCAACAUGGGGCUCAGAGCCAUGCAAUGCACUGAUAUCAGGCUAUGCUAGGAGUGGCCUAAUGGAAGAAGCCCUCAGCCUGUUUGCAGUGUCUAUGCGAAAUGGUAUUGUUCCAAACGAGUUCAGUUUUGCUAGUGUGCUGAAAUGGAGUUCAUGCUUUGGUUUAAUGGAGCAGGGCACUCAAAUUCAUUGCCUGGUUUGCAAGCUUGGAUUUCAGAAUGAUGUAAUUGUUUCUACAGCCCUCACUGACAUGUACUGUAAAUUGGGGUUAACCAAGCAUGCCAGGAAAAUUUUCGAUACAGUUGGUGCAAAGGAUUUGGUGUUAUGGAAUACAAUGCUGCUUGGCCUAUUGCAAAAUGGAAGAUCUAAGGAAGCCCUUGUAAUAUUUAAAAGGAUACUCAAGUGUGGAAUCCAACCUGAUAGAAUCACUCUUUUUGGAGCCUUAUCUGCAUGUGGUUUAGAAGGUUUGGUAUCUGAAGGAAUGGAAAUAAUUACCCUGUUUAAAGAUAGGUACCAUAUUAUGCCUAGUCUGGAGCACUAUACCUGUGUGGUCGACAUGUUAUGCUGCACUGGGAUGUUCAGAGAGGCAGUGAAUUAUGUAGAGAACAAGUUGGCAAAGUUUAGUGCUGCUAUUUUCUCUAAUAUUCUGGAGGCAUGUAUAGUCCAAGGGAACAUUGGCAUCGCAGAGCUAGUUGCUGAAAAGAUGGUGAUGCAAAAAUCCCGAUUGUCACUACCAUAUAUUGUUUUGGCUCAAAUAUAUGGUGCCAGAUGUAAGUGGGAAAAAAUGGCUGGAGUGUGGAGGUCAAUGGAAAAUCAAAGAGCAAAGAAGGUUCAGUCAUGCAGCUGGCUUUGCAUCAAGAAUCAUAUUUAUGUUUUUACGUCGGAACAGAUAUUGCACCAUGGAAAAGGAGCCACCUAUGAGGUUUUGGAUCUUCUAUUUUGGGACAUGAUGAAUCAUAAAUAUGCUCCUAGUUUUGUAGAGCCCAAUAACUUGGACUAGGUUGUGUCCAGCUGUCCCUCGACCAACCUGCUUCCUUAACUUACCUUGCCUGUACUAAAGGUUUGCAGUAAGAUUUUGCUAGACUAGUUUCUCUGUGUGAACUGCAAUGUCCGCAAAGAUUUGGAGAUAUGGGCAGGAAUUUGUCGUAUAAUAACCUAGUGGUUACUGAGGUCUUUUGUAAUACGACCAUAUUUUUCAUCUGUGGUUCCAAUAUGCAGUAGGAUUGUAAGACAUUGCACCGAUGACAAUGAAGUAUCAAUGUGAAGAGUUGACAAUUCAAAGAUGCAGUGUGGACAAAUGCAACAAGGUGAUCAAGGAAAUCAACACCUCAAAUAAAGACAUUAGAAGACUUAUUAAGAUCAUGCAAGAGUAUAAGGUACAUGACAAAAUAAGCCCAAGCAAAAAAACACGAAGGCACAAAGAAAACAGGUUGCACAAAGCUACCAGAUGUCUUCGAUGGCACGCUAGAUGUCACGUCGAACAUAUGUGUUGCUUGGGCUAAAUAUUUUGCUGAAGACUGAGUGCACAGGACACCAGAGUGUACAUCGAACAUGAGGCAUCGGACAGGGCGUGUAGAGAGCACUAUAGAGCGACCCUGAGAGUUAAAGGGCACCCGACUCCACAUCAGAUGCGACACUUAGAUAGGUUUAAGGCAUUGAACAUGUCUGAUGUAUCAUCAGUGAUACGCUGGUUACCUAGAGGCUUAAUGGGUGGUAUCGGCUAGCUUACAAUGGCUAGCUGAUGUGGAAGGCAUCGGACUAGUCAGAUGACACACCGGUGGCGCACUAGACAUGUCUGGUGCUGCACAAAAAAGUUUGUGACUUUUCAAUGCCUCUUUUGAGUGUUGGAGCUAUUAAUACCAUCACAAUCUGCCAUUUCUAAGUCUGGGAGAUAAGGAUGUGAGUUGAGACUCCGUCUUAGAGCUCUUAAACACUUGAGUGCUUAAUAAAAUGACUCGGUGAUUAGUAGGUGCUUUAUGAAUAAAUUAGGUUAGUUAGACCGCAACUAUAUCACUUGUUCUAGGUUUAUCCCUACCGAGAGAAUUGAGGAAUUGACAUCCCAAAGCUCUUGAUGCUUGCACGUGUCAUUGUAAUUAUAUUGAGUGGGACAAGAGUCUUACGAGAUCA